AGGAACGCGCGGACCGCGAACCGCCACAGUGUUGUCGACGAGAAGGAUACACGAAGGCGAGAAAUUCUUGUUUUUUUUUUACAUCCGAACAUCGAAAAUCACGAGGAAAACGAUGGUAGAUGCACGUUCUAAAGGGUCAUCGAACGAAUAAACUCAAUUGCCGUGGACACGUAAACCAUUCGUGGAUGAAGUGAAACACAUGUGUCGGUCAAACUGUGUUUUCUACUAUAGAGUGCCCGUCCCGUGUUUGAUCCGUGAAAAUCUUCCGUUUAGAAAGCCAACUUGUACGCCAGUUACAAUAAUUUAUGAAAUAUCAACGUGCUUGGUUUUGGAUAAGCCUAUUAACGUGACGAGCUGCUUAUUCGAAAUGAAAUAGAACUGAUUGCAGAAGGCGGCAGUGCGUGGGUGGGUGGGUGUCUAGCGAUUGCCACUCAUGUAUAGAAAAUUCCUUUUGGAAUUUUGCACAAAAUGUUACUGUUUGAUCAAUGAUAGUGUGCUUUUUUUAUUCAGUAUUAUUCUGUUCAAUUGACACAUCAUUAACUGGCACAUUACCCAAACAAAUGUUUUUGGACAUAAGAAAAAAAUAUAUCAGCUAAAUUUCAGAGUAACGCUGCUCUCACUGUCAAUUUUUGACCUAAUGUCAAUUUGACAGUUUUAAAGGAAUAAGAUCAAUAUGAUUCUGUCUGCUUGUUGUUAUCAACUUUGUUGAUUCUUGAUAUUAAGAGGCUAAAGUAUGAAAGGUCAAGCGGAGAAAAAUGGAUAUCGGUAAAGUAUCAGCAUGCGCGAGAAGUCAGCAGAAUGUCAUGCUCACGCAGGUCACGUGAGGGGCACAAGAGAAAUGUGCUCACGUGAUCCUUCUACAUUACACUCAACCCUUACCAAGGCAAAUGGUAAAAAUUCAAACCCCCAAUCAACACAUCAUUCAGAAACACGCAUCGAUAAUAAUCUACUUCCAACUCCUGGUGGACGUUUAAAAUUUUUUAAAGACGGCAAGUUUAUCUUGGAACUAUCCCAUCGCAGGGAUGGAGAAAGAACUACAUGGUUUCCAGUUCCAAAGAAAACCUUUUGGCCACCAGCUAGCACAACUCCAAAUAGACAAGAGAGUUCCACCUCUCUUAGUGUUUCUGAUGAUAAUUCGUCGAUUCAGUCAAGUCCUUGGCAAAGAGAUCAUUGUUGGAAACAAGCAAACCCAAGACGUAGAAUAUCUACAGAGUUUAAUUUUUACUAUUAUAGAAGUCCGAAAAAUCAUUUGUGCGCGCAUCCUCGUCUAAUCGCAAGAAAGCGUAGACGUCCAUUAGAUCCUACGUCUUUGUUACUCGUUCCAGAAUCAGUAACAAAUUAUACAAAACCAAUUCGCAAAGCAAAUGGAACAUCGACGGGAAAGGUUUUGAACCUAAUUAUAGACAAAUUGGCCCGUCUCCUAGAUCCGAAUGUCGUUUCACCUCGUAAACGUAUCUUGCGCGAAUUAGAGAGAGUAUCGUUAGAAGAUCAAGCGUCGAAAAGGCGCGCAACACCACAGCCUGCUUGUACAACAACGGCUCCUACUCCGUCACCAAAACAAUUAUCUUCAUAUAGUAUAACAAGUAUUUUGGGAGAAGAUAAACCAAGUCACGAGCAAGGUUUUUUGAGGAAUUUAUUAAAACCAGAUGAUAGACAAACUGUGAAAUACUCAUCAAAUAAUUCAUAUCCAAGAGUACGAAUGGAUCCAUACAUUGGUACAACUAAUGCACCUCUUCAGCAUCCACUUUAUGGUGUACCAAUGUUACCUCCUGGACCAUAUAGAGCUCCCUUAUGGAUGCAUUAUCCAUCACCCGUCCAUUACCCACCUCCUAUGCCAUUAUACGCACCGCCACCACCUCAUCCACCAUCUCCUCCGGUUCAUCAUUACAAAGACUACAGGGAACAGACUCUUACACCUCCUUCGGAUAUGCCUCUAAAUCUGUCGAAGCAUGCGGGUUGAAUCUCAGGAUUAUAAAAGUUGGUGCCUUAUCAAUGGACAAAAACUGCGUAAACACUGCCCGUGCAACGACAAUGCGAUAUAUUAGUAUUUUUUUAUCCGUAAACAAUAGUAUCAUAGUAAGUAGAAAUACGCAACCGGAAAAACAAAGUCUGGAUGCUAUUCUUGUACAUACAAAAACAAAAACUGUCGAAAUUGGCAUAAAUAAGUAUUAUAUAUUAAUGUUAAAUUAAAUCAUGAGUAGUAUUACACAAUUUAAUGUUAAUUGUAAUUAACAUUAUGUAUGUAGUACAUGUAAUCUUUUAUCUUAUAUAUGUGCUCAUUGUUUUCUCUUUUUGAUUGUCGCGGAAAUACUUUAUUGAAAUUCAUAAAUGUGUUCACAUUCUAAGAAGAUUAUGAAAUGUGAUUCUCACUCAUCAUUUUUACUACUCAUGAUAUAAAUACUAUAAUGAAGGAAAAAAGAGCAUGGUCUCAUCUUACGCAUCUCACUUAUGCAUUAUCUUGUUAUUCUUAUUAAUGUUACUGUCAUUAUUACCAUUAAUAAAUGAUACGACUAUCUAUUUUAAAAGAUUCAUAAGAAAGACAUAGAAUUAUGUACAGAGAACAGAUUAUUAUAUUUAGUAGAAAUAUUCCUACGAAUAGUAAUAUGAUAUAUAUAUAUAUAAUACAUUUAGGUUAAUAGCAUCCACAACAGUAUACAUUUAUUUAUAUAAUAUUAAUGAACAAAAAAACAAAAUUGCUUGGUAAAGACCGUGGGGUGUGCCUUAAAAGAUUACCUAAAUUGCAAAAAACUAAAUUAUAAACACGAAUCGAUUCACGAAUAUGUAUUAUUAUUACUACUAUUACUACUGUGUACAUAUAAAUAUAAUUUUGCGUUACGUAUUUCCAUCAAAUCGACUAUUCGUCAUUAUUUAUUGUUAGUCAAACAUUACCAAACGUUUUACGCGAAAGGCAAGCUCACACAGGCUCUACAAACUAGUGAGUAAUUUUAACUAUUCAUUUACAUACAAUUUUUUAUUAAUUGAAACAGAUGAAAUAUGUGACUGCGCGUAAGCAAUUGUAUAGAAAGACUAAUUUCGUAAAUAUAUAAAUAUUUCACAUACUA